UCUUUGGCGUUGGCUUCAGUAUGUUUUUGGAGCUGCUUGUGUAAAGAUCACUCAUUUGUAAAUACCGUCUACCCUCUCGAACAAUUGGCUGACUGCCUGUUUGUGUGAAUUGCCAGCAUGAAGUGUUUUAUUGUUUUAUUGAUAUUCGUUGCAAUUAAUGGAAUUGUGGCAGCGGCAGAUGAUUCAAAUAUUGCCAAUCAACACAAUAUCCAGACCCAAUCAUUGCCCGGCAAUAUUGCUGUCGAUGAGGUCGUUGUCGAAUCAUCACUGUACAUCAAACCCAAACCUCGCCCUCAAUUGAGACGCACGCGUAAUGCUAUUUUUGCAGAAUUUAACAAUAACAUUGUACCGCUGAUUUUACAUCGUCGUGUCAAGCGCCAGUUUCAACAAUCGCAAGCCAUUUCUAAUGCGGCCGCCAAUCAAAACUAUGCAUCACCCUUUGGCUUCCAAAGUUCUGCUGCCAAUGCACAAGCUCAGGCCUUCAAUGCUCAAGGACCAUCCGGUUCAUUUGGUGCCUCGGCGGCUGGCACCGGUACUCAGGCCUUGAAUUUGAAUCGUUUUGGCGCACAAAAUUCUGCUGGAGCCUCGCAUAGUUUGAAUUUCAAUUUGCCAAAUGGUCAGACGAUUAAUUUUGCUUCUACCAACAGUUUUGCCAAUGGUCCGGCUGGCAAUACCGCCAACAGUCGAGGUAGUUCAGUGUCAGUUAAUUAAAAUUUGAAUUUGUCAAUACUUUGCAACAAAACACUCAAUAAUAUUAUUUAUAACAAUUUUUUGUUCUUUGUUUCAAAAUUAACUCUAAAACACUGUUAAAUCCUAAUCUAGUUUCAAAUGGUAACGAACUUAAGACAUAUCAAUAUAUCGUAGUGAAAUUUUGGGACUUAAUUAAUUCAUACGAAAAAAAAUUGGUGCUAAAUAAAUUGAAUAUUCAUUAAUAAA